UGGUUUGCUUUGAAGUAUGGUUGCCAAGCUGCAUUUAAACAAAACAGCAGCAGAGAUGCAUCAGAAACAAGCCCUCCCAACUUCAUUCAAAAGCAAGCUGUUGAUGUAGUGACUGAUAUUAACAUGCUCAGGAUAUUCAAGACUUUUCUUGAGACGGCACCACAGCUUUUUGUCCAGAUUUACAUCUUCAUGGAACACGACAAAAAUAAUUUCUGUCAAUAUGCUGCCAUUAUUAUGUCUUUUUGUGGUAUCUCCAUUUCAACGGUUGAUUAUCAGAUAUCUUUACGAAAAUCUCUGCCUGAUAAAGAUGAAUUUCGUGUGCUUCCCAAGUUAGUGUACCUCUUCUAUAAACUGCUUACCAUCACUUCUUGGAUACUCAGUAUUUCACUGAUCGCUCUACUAAGCGUUAGAAGUUCUGUAAUUCUGCUGAUAUUUCUUUGGAUCUGUGGCUUCACUUGGACUUUGAAACAACAUACAACAUUUUGCACGUCUAAGAAGAUGGAAUAUCUGUACAGAACUGUUGUUGGAGUCAUUCUAAUUUUUACCUUUUUUAACAUAAAGGGAAGAAAAACAAAACUUUUCAUUUCUAUUUAUUAUGCUACGCACACUGUUGUAACACUAGGUAUUUUGUUUGUAUAUAUGUUUUGGAAACCUUCCAUUAUUGAGGAAAUACAUUUUAUAAUUGUGAGCAUCUUAACUAUUCUUAGUCUGGUGUCAGGUAUUAUUUUUCUUGUUGUUUAUUAUAGGUGUUUUCAUCCCACUGCUUAUUGCAGACCACAGGCAUGUUCAGAUGAAGUUGAUGGAGAGACAGGACAAAAAGAUAGAGUGGAAAUUGGUAGAUUUCAAAAUUUCAUAAUGCAAUGA